CUUCUGCAAUGGAUCGCAACACAAGCAACCAACAUCAGUAUGGAGUUAUGGAGACCGCGGACCGAAAUACUGAUUUGUCCUGCAUAUCCGCAAUUCUAUCAUGUUUCGUUCUCUCAGUGAUGUACGUCGCGAGUUUAUAUGUAUGGAGUUCUCCUCACAGUAGGGACCAUCCAUCAGUAAUAAAAAAAAGAUUUUUUAGUAUUUUUAUUGUGUCUCUCAUAUCUCCUGCAUUAUUGUAUUUUGGAAUGAAUGAGAAAGUAUUUGAAAAGGCAACAAUAUGGCAAUUAUUGGGUCUACGAUGGUGUGGUUUAAUUCAAGCAAUUGUGAUACCAUUGUUAUUAACAAUGAUACUAUUUCUAGGGCCAUUAUGUGUACAAGGUUUCAAUGGACAUUUGAGAUAUACUGAGCCUAAUUAUUGGCUUGUAUGGUGGAGAAAUCUAAUAGUUGCUCCUCUGGCUGAGGAAUGGACAUUUAGAGCAUGUAUGUUACCAUUGCUUUUGCAAUGUUUUACACCAACUGCUGCCAUAUUUAUAUGCCCCUUAUUUUUUGGAGUUGCUCAUUUUCAUCAUGUAGUAGAUACGGUUAAAGCAGGCAUAAAUCUUAAACGUGCAUUUUUUUUAUCUUGUUUUCAAUUUGCCUAUACAACAUUGUUUGGAGCAUAUGCAGCUUUUCUUUUUGCUAAAACAGGGCAUUUAGCAGCACCAUUUACAGCACAUUGUUUUUGUAAUCAUAUGGGAUGUCCUGAUCUUUCUGAAGUAGUAGCAGUUAAGGAUCCUUUAAAAAGAGCUGGUUUGUUUUCUUUAUUUGUACUUGGAUUGGUAGCUUGGUGUUUUUUAUUAACACCAAUGACAAAUCCAAGAUUAUUUUAUAAUAAUUUAUUUUAG